CCCAGCGAAAACUUCUAAGAAGAGAUAAGUCCUUAUCCAAUUCACAAAUAAAGAAGCAUGCAGGACUAGCAUGAUUCACUCGCGAAACCCUUAACAACAGAGGAGAAAGCCACAAAAAAUGCAGAACACAAGAGAUUUUGCUGUGUUUCUAAGGAGGCUAGUUUUCUUUGCUAUCAUUUUCUUUAUCAUAGACUGUACAAGAGGUAAGUCAUCAGAAUCUGAGUCUUUCUUAAAUUUCUUAAGGGCCCUUGAUCCCAGAAACGAGCUUAACAUUACCUGGAAUGGGUCACCAUCGCAUCCAUGCUUGGUCAAGUUGAAUGGUGUAAGAUGUAACUCAAAUGCUACCAAUGUUGUACAUAUAAGGCUUGAGAACUUGAACCUUAGUGGCACAAUCGAUGCAGAUUCCCUAUGCAGGCUCCAAAAGUUAAGAGUGGUAAGCUUGGCUAACAACAACAUUAGAGGAACCAUACCACAGUCAAUUUUGCAUUGUACAAGGUUGACACAUUUAAAUGUAACCAGCAACCAAUUGAGUGGGAGGUUGCCAAAUGCCUUAACAAAAUUGAAACAUCUUAGGAACUUAGACAUUUCCAAUAACAAUUUUUCUGGUAUGAUCCCUAGUAAACAACAAUAUUAUAGGCACCUCCUUAGGUAUUAUGUGACUCCAAGUAACAAGUUGGAAAGCAAUAGUACCAAAGAGAGGCUAAAGGAAAGUGACACAAACACAAUACUGCAAGAGCAGGCAACACCACCAGGUGCUUUAAGUAACAGCACACCUAAUAAUGGGAAGGAUUCAUCGUCUUGGAGGGUGGAAACCUUGGGGGUGUUCCUUUUGGGUGCUGGAUUGCUUUUGUCAAGCAUUUACUUUAUUGUAAAGAAGUCAGCAAAGUUAAGUGCAGAGAAAGAGGUUGCUGUAGUUAAAGACCAUCGUCGUGUGUCUCCAAUAAUAAAGGCUACAACUCAUGAAGUUCAAGAGGUGAAGCUAAAGGAAGGAGAUUCUGAGCUUGUUUUCUUUGUUGAAGAUCGUGAAAGGUUCACACUCGAGGACCUUCUUCGAGCCACUGCUGACUUGAGGAGUGAAGGCUUCUGCAGCAGCCUUUACAAGGUGAAAUUGGAACACAAUGUUUACUAUGCUGUCAAAAGAUUGAAGAAUUUGCAGGUAUCCUUGGAAGAAUUUGGUGAAACAUUAAGGAAGAUAAGUAACUUGAAGCAUCAGAAUAUUCUCCCCCUUGUUGGUUAUCGUUCCACCAGUGAAGAAAAAUUCAUCAUUUACAAAUAUCAAAGCAAUGGAAGCCUGCUUAAUCUGUUAAACGAUUAUAUAGCAGGUAGAAAAGAUUUCCCAUGGAAACUGCGUCUGAAUAUAGCAUGUGGGAUUGCAAGGGGUUUGGCCUUCAUAUAUAGGAAGUUGGAUGGAGAGGAGGAGGUCGUUCCUCAUGGAAAUCUCAAGCCCUCAAACAUCCUUCUAGAUGAGAACAAUGAGCCACUAAUAAGUGAGCAUGGCUUAUCAAAAUUUAUGGACCCAAAUAGAGGUUUCUUGUUUUCCUCUCAGGGAUACACUGCUCCUGAAAAGAGCCUAACAGAAAAGGGUGAUGUGUAUAGCUUUGGAGUGAUUCUCUUGGAACUACUAACAGGAAAGAGCAUAGAGGUGAGUAGAAUAGACCUUGCUAGAUGGGUGAGGUCCAUGGUGAGGGAGGAAUGGACAGGAGAGGUAUUUGACAAAGAGGUUAGGGAAAAUGAUCAUCAAUGGGCAUUUCCUCUUCUUAAUAUAGCCCUCUUGUGUGUGUCAUGUUUCCAAGAAAAUAGGCCAACCACUGUGGAGAUUUUGGAGAAGAUUGAAGAGGUCAUGGAUCAACAUGAGCAACAUCAGGAACGUUAUGCUUCCAAAUGCUGUUCCAAUGGAUCCAACCGCGAUGAAUGCUGUUCACUUCACAAAAUCAUACCUGAAACCUGGGAUUCUCCAGGAUCAAAUUAUUGAAUUUAUCUUCAUGCUCCCUAUAAUAACAUGUAUUCACCUAUUUAUAUAUCAUAAUGAUUCCUGUGUGAGAACUUGUCUCGGUAUGUUAAAGAAGUCCCACGUCAGUUAGAAAUGAUGAGCAUGAUCCAGUAGAUGAAUAUGUGAUACUUUGUAGUCAUCUGUUUGUUAUUUAGGAAUUAAUCCUGUAUUCUGGAACUACGCUUUUGAACUCAGAUAAAUGUUAUUGUAAUCUUUUGUUAA